AACUCCAUCCUCUUCCAUGCACAGUUGGCCUGGAUUGUUGUGAACUUGUCAGCGUCUGCUAGCCUGGUUAAGUAAACCACAAUGGCUGCCUACAUCUCACAUCUCGAUGUGUCUCUUGACAAAACUGAUGAACUAAAGCUCCAGUCCCGAGGUUUUGAGAAACUCGAUCCUGAUCUGAACAAAGGUGCAGGAGGAAACUUCAUCUUUUUUUGGUACAAAAAAGAUCCCAGCUCAGCACCAAUCACUAGGAUUCAGUUUACCUUCAACGAGGACAUGGCUAUUGGAUUGGAGAAAGCAGGCUACACAAAGAUUGACAAAGACCUCAAUGCUGGAGCAAGAGGUGAUUACAUCUAUCUGUGGUACUUCAAAGGGAACACAGAGUCUGACACUCCCAUAGUGGGCAUUCACGUCACCACAGAUGCAGCAGAUGAGCCCCAGAAGUUUAGAUGUGGCUGGGAGAGGCUGGCCUGCGAUCUGAAUCGCAAGGCUGGAGGGAACUGGAUCCACACCUGGGUGAAGAGAGCGAGCCAAACCUACAUCUGUAACGUCACUGCCACCCAUUCUUACGGAGCAGAUGCUGACUACUUCCGGAGAGGUUACAUCCGUUUGGAUGAAGAUACGAACAGAGGUGCAGAUGGAGCCUUCGUCUUUAUCUGGUACCGUCAGACCACCGACCCUCAGCGUGCUCUCACUGCCUUACACAUCUCUACCGAUAUGGAUGAAUAUCAAGGCCUCCAGCAGCAAAAUUACCAGCAAGUGAGUGUGAAUCUCAAUGAGAGCACUAAAGGUAACCAGGUGUACCUAUGGUACAAGAAAGAGGAUGGCCAAAAGCCCAUUAAAGGUAUCACCCUGCUUUUCAACAAAGAUGGUGUUCCGGCGUAUGUGAGGGCUGGUUUCGAUGUUAUCAAAAGAGAUCUCAACACAGGCAAUAAUGGUUGGACUGAGUACCUGUGUGUUUAUCAAUGAAAGCUUGAGGAAGCCUUCUUCACUUUGAUGACCAUCUUAGCCUUUUUCUUUUUCUAUAAAACAUGAAUUUCUGUAUAUCACUGUGAUACUACUGGUAAUAUCAGAGAGUGUCAGCUUGUGGGUUCUGCGAUUAAACCUGCAGUAAAACCAGUGAAACUUCACACGGCUUUUUAUCAACAAUGAUGUUAAUGAAUAAUUGAAUGUUGGUGCUCUGUGUCACGUCGCUCUGCUUUUCAAUAAAGACACACUUGCAUGUGAAGUGUGUUUCUUUGUUUCUUCAGACUCUGCACAA